CAGCCCUCCGUGCCGGGCACGACUCCCUUCAGCGAAGCUCGGUCGCAGCGAGGCGCCGACGAGGCUGCGACUUUUCUGGCCCUGCCCCGCGCCGACGGGAAAACCUACACGGAGCCAGGCGCGGGCCUGGUCUCGGUCACCGACGCCCGAUCAUCGCGUCGCUGGGGGCGGCCCCUGGGCGUCUUGGAGCCGCGGAUAGGUGGCGACAUCUGGCCCCUACCCCCACCAAUCACAGUCAAGACGUGUAGUAAGGACGGUGGUGGUGGAAAGCAAGCCCAUCCCGCCCCUAUCCUUGCCUGGUCACCACGCCGCCGCCGCGCAGAUGCCGAUCCCGCGCUGCCGAGCGCGCGCGGCAGGCCGCGCAGGCCGCGCAGGGCGCGCAUGGCGCCGCUACACCUCGAUGUGGGCGAGCUCCCGCACGGCGAGGCGGCACCGGGGGCAGCCCCGCUCCAGGCACCACGGCGCGGCCUGGGGCUCGCACGCCUCCGCGGAGACGGCGUGGCCGCACGGCAGGCAGAUGGCGGCGGCGUCGCCGCUCUGGCAGAAGGUGCACUUGCAGCCCUGCCCGUGA